AUGAAAAAUACAGACACUAGUUUACAAAAACUAGAUAAAAGGGCUGCCGAAGCUUUUCCUAUGUCGGGUAAAUCGUUUGAAAAUGUAGAUCGACUUCACAUUACUAACAUGUUUCAAACUAACGCGCCAAAAGCAUCCUCCAAUAUAACAUUGGGAGAAAAGAAGGAUAGCACUACCCAAGAUAUUUCUUCUCCUGCCAUCCAUGUGAGUCCAAAAGAUAUUCUUAGCGAAAUCGCUACAUCGGUUGCUCGCAAUCAAAAGAAGAAUGUGGUUGUGUCGUUCUUGAUGCAGUUAUUUAGAAAGACACGAAAAGAUACAGUAGGGUUUGAUGAUGAUCAAGUUGAUCAUAAAUUGAUAUACGAGCAGCUUCAGAAGGCCGAUCUGUCAAGAGAAUUUAUACUAAAAUUGGAUAUUCUUUUUGAAACAAGCGGCAAGUACAAAGAUAACAAAUGA